UUCGCCAGCCUGCAGUCGUGUGAGAGCAUAAAAAAUAAGUCUCGGUUAGGAAGCCAAAGUGAUGCGAUGGCCAUUCAGUCCAUACGUAACGUGAGGGGGAACAGCUUCUGUGUGGACUGUGACGCACCCAACCCAGACUGGGCCAGUUUGAACCUGGGCGCCCUGAUGUGCAUCGAGUGCUCGGGCAUCCACAGGAACCUGGGCACCCACCUGUCCCGUGUCCGCUCCCUGGACCUGGACGACUGGCCGGUGGAGCUCAGCAUGGUCAUGACCGCCAUCGGGAACGCGAUGGCCAACAGCGUGUGGGAGGGCGCCCUGGAAGGCUACAACAAGCCGGGGAGCGACAGCACCAGGGAGGAGAAGGAGCGCUGGAUCCGAGCCAAGUACGAGCAGAAGCUGUUCCUGGUGGGGUUGCCCCAGUCCGACGUGCCCCUGGGGCAGCAGCUGCUCCGGGCGGUGGUGGAGGAUGACCUGAGGUUGGUGGUGCUGCUGCUGGCCCACGGCACCAAGGAGGAGGUUAACGAGACCUACGGGGACGGGGACGGGCGGACCGCUCUGCACCUAUCCUGUGCCAUGGCGAACGUGGUGAUCACACAGCUGCUCAUCUGGUACGGUGUGGACGUGAAGAGCCGCGACGCUCGCAGCCAGACGCCGCUGUCCUACGCUCGGCGAGCCGGCAGCCAGGAGUGUGCAGACAUCUUGCUUCAGCACGGUUGCCCCAACGAAACGAGCACCCUCACCUCGGUGGCCACUCCCAACAUGAGCCGCCGCAACCCCAACAUCAACAACAACAACGCCCAGUGUGAGCUCAACCGCAGCAUCAGCAUCAUGUAGGAGGCAGCGAGCGGCCGCGAGGAAACAGACAUUAAAACCCUGCACCCACCCCUGUCUCUUCCAGUACUUCCUCCUGUUUCACACUGUGUAACCCAGCAGCUACGGAGAGAUACCGGGAGUAAUGGACUCAUUGUUAAUAUUCCACUACGCUGACAGAAGUGGGUCUGUGAGGUUCGGACAUUGUACAUUGUUUGUUUUAUAUUGUUAUUUUGUAAUUGUUUUGUUAAAUUCAUUCAAUCUUGGUCUGAAAAGAUCACGAUGAGCUUUAAAGCUUUAUGUUCUUUAAGCGUCAACCAAACAAAUGACUUACUUUGGCAUUCAUACCUUCCCCUACGAAAAGCAUUUCCUUAAUGCUUGAACAUUUCCUUUCACGUCUUCCCCCUCUGCAGCGUGAGCUGAUUUUAUAAUGAGCGUAAAUGAGAAACUUCCUUCAAAUUUUCAAGCCGAGGCAUAAUAACAUGAAACUGUGAGGAAUAGUUUUCACAGUGACAAAACACUGACGUGAGAAGGAAACUAAAUCUUCCAUGAUAUCAAUGGCUGUUGCAGCUUUUAGUAAUGAUGCAUGGCUUCAACACGGCUAUCAAACUCUUGACAUACUAUUCUUAUACAAAGGCAAAGCAAUAAUAGCCAAAGAGUCCAAAUGAUUGAGAUUCUUUAGACUCCGGAUCAUCAUAAAGAAGUUGAUUGCAGCGUUCCAAUGGGGUGAAAGUGUCAUUUCCUUCGCCACCCUUAUGAUCCUCCAGUAAAAAUGUCCAUGACUAUAAAGGAAUUAAGGGGCAUAAUGUUUUAUGACCAUCGAGCCACAUGGCUUUGUGAGCGAGCCUCUUCAAUCAGAAUGCAUUCAAAUUCAAGAGUUUGAUUGAAACUGUGAAAUUGCACCAUUAUCAUGUCUUUGUUGGAGUAAUUUUUCGAUUGACCAGAUUGUGUUGAUAAUUGUUUGACACAGAUUUGUGCGAUUUCAAACCAUGAGCGUACUGAAAUAUCCUUUCACCUCCCGUGGCCAAAAGCUGAAAACCUGGUACUCCAGAGUGUGUUUACUCCAUUAUUGCUGUGAAAUACAUAUAUGGUACUAAUGUGUGUACUUACUGUACGACACGUGUGUGCUUAUGUCUUCUUCUGUUUGUAAACUCUGGAGAAAGGACACUGGGGAGAAGACAAACGGCUGCAGUGAAGAUUUGGGAACAUAACUGUGUUUUAAUGUACAGACCUCUGUAAAAAGGUAGUUCUUGUUCCAUCACCCUAUUCCUUAUAAGAACAGUUUUAACGUACUCUGACUUUUAGAAGAAAAAAAAACGACCCUUUCCUUCUCCUUGACCCAGUGUACCCUCCCCCAUCCUGAGAGCCUAGAAGCAGAACUCCCUGCUCCCUGCAACAAGAUGCAUUCCAGUGACGGAAACUGGAGCGACAUUUAGGGAUUAGAUUAAGUUAAGGAUGUUCAUAAGAAGUAAGUAGUUUGACCCUCUGUGCAUUAAUAGAAAUGAACAGUAUUCCACACUCAUGAUAAGUUCAUUUAUUAAAUAAGACUUGGGCACCUCAGUGAAAUCAGGUGGCGUUAACACUAUGUCUACAGUGUAUUUCCCCCAUUUGUUUAACUGCCAUUUUGAAAGUUUCAAACCGUCUUGAUUUGCUCAGUUUACAAAGGCAGGAUGUAUGUUUACGUUUUUGUUUUGUUUACCAAUACAGGCCGAUGUUGAAAAUGUGGAAUGGAUCGUUUGGAGGGAAUAUGCUUUAAUUUGCUUUUCUCCGAGAGUUAAAUGAGAUUAAUAAGAUUGACACCACGCUCUCGUCUGUAUUUAAAGAGCUGGAGGCAGGAAGCAGAAUUCCCCAAAUGAUCCGAUUAAAACGUUAUAGAAACAACUGCAAAUUCAAGCAGAUACCUUAGAAUACACCUAACCCCUGUGCUGUGGUACCGGCCUUUCUCCGAUCUUUACUUGAACUUAUUUCAAGUACAUUUCAGCGUAGGAGAUUAUUUGUGAGAUGAGUUUUAAAGUGUACAGUGAUGACUGAACUUUUAUUGACUUACUGUAGAUGCUGAAAAAAACACUAGAAACUUCCUGUUUUACCCCCAAACACCACAUGAAGUGUACAUAUUAGCUUAAUGCCUUUAUCUACAGACAAGCUCCUCUUAGAGAAACAAACUGAGCUGGUUUUUUGGUCCUCUUGACCAACGAACCGUAUUUUAAAUAUGUUGCUUUUGUUUCUCCUUUGACAUAUUUUUUAAAGGUACUUUUGUUUGGUCUCAACAUUAACUGACCAUCUUUGGUACUUGUGUAUAAUGAUGUACAUUUGACAUAUUUAUAAUGCAGUAUGUAAAUAUCUUUUUGUUUUGUUCUGUUUUGUUUGAGUUAAUUUUCCUAUUGUAAUUUCCUUUUUACGUUCAGAACGUGAAACAAAGCAAAAGCUAAAGAGUAACUCGUUGUAUGCUUGGAUGCUUGGCUGACUGUUGACCUAUUAAUAAACACUCAACGAUGUAGCCUUCCCUGGAUUUGGGGAAAUCGA